ACAUUCCUAUAUCAGAGAAAGCCAACAGAAGAAGAAGAAGAAGAAAAAGAAGAAGAAGAUGGGGAGAGGCAGAGUAGAGCUGAAGCUGAUAGAGAACAAGAUUAACAGACAGGUAACCUUCUCCAAGCGCAGAAAUGGGCUUAUGAAGAAGGCUUUUGAGCUCUCUGUUCUCUGUGAAGCUGAGGUCGCCCUAAUCAUCUUCUCCAGCCGUGGAAAGCUCUUCGAGUUUGGCAGCCCUGACAUAAAAACGACAAUCGGACGAUAUCUACGGUGCAAUUUUUCGCCUCAAGCAAUGGAUCCAGCUGAUCUUGAAGCACAGACCGAGAUAAUGCUGAACCAGAUGGAAGAGCUAAAGAAGAAGCUUGCGGCAGAAUAUAGACCUAUGAGAUCAAUCCACAAAUCCUGGGGACACGAUGCUGUAGCCCCAGCUGGUGCAUUCUCUAAUUAUCCUAAUCAUCCCAAUGUCGUGGACGCUGAACCCACACUUCAAAUUGGGUAUCAUCACCAUGAACCAUCUGAAGAAACUAAUCAGAGGAACGUUGGAGCUCAGAACAAUUUCAUGCGGGGCUGGACUCUUUGAUAAAUAUGGUAUCCAGACUUACAGUUUGAUUCCUUAGUUGCUAUUUCUUUUUUAUUAACUUGUUUGUUCUUAAUUCCCAAUACAUUUUGGUAAGCGACUGAUCCACCCAAUUACUGCUUUUAUUUUGAAAAAAAGUUAUAACUUUUCUUGUGCUUGGGAUGUUACUU